AAAACACUGAUUUGCUUUGCCUAAUAGUAUAAUAUGAAAGAGCUGUUGAAAGUUGUCUUCUCUAGAGAACUCACCUCUAAUCUCUAGUUCUGUAAACUCAAUCUGCGGUGAACCACAUAACUUUCUCACUCGCUGUGCCCUCACCAUCACCCGCCGAGAUAAAAGAAUAGGUUGAAAGCUGGUAAAACAUUGGAUGGCAGAGUUGAUAGGACCGAGACUGUACAGUUGCUGUAACUGUCGAAACCAUGUUGCUUUUCAUGAUGAUACUAUUUCAAAAGCUUUUCAGGGAAGACAUGGAAGAGCCUUUCUGUUUUCCCAUGCGAUGAAUGUUAUGGUGGGGCCAAAAGAAGACAGGCAGCUCAUGACUGGCCUCCACACAGUUGCUGAUGUUUACUGUUGUGACUGCCACGAGGUGCUCGGUUGGAAGUAUGAACGUGCCUAUGAGGAAACACAGAAGUACAAGGAAGGGAAGUACAUUCUUGAGAAGUCCAAAAUCGUCAGGGAAGACUGGUCAUAAGUUAGUACCGAUGCCCAUGUUGUUGUUGUGUGUCUGUCUCCAUGAUCCGUUAAUGUGCAGAAAUUGGAGAUUUUAAAGAUUGGAUUCAAUUAUUGUUGUUGGUUUGUUCAUUCUUUUGUAUUCUCUUGUAGUCUUGUACAAAAUGAUCGAAACCAAUACACUAUGUCAAGUGUAUGAAAUGGGGAUUUUCUUCUGGUUCUGCCUUUGUUAUAUGCCUCUUGGCUUGUGUAAAAUAUUUAUGCAAGUUAAGAUUUUUUUCUGUUUGCUA